UGGGGCCCUUCCUCCAGGAGCUGGAGAGUCUGGACAGAGAAAUGGAGGAUUUUGGGGGGGAGGUGAUCAACAAGGAGAAAUUAACAAAGGAAACUAAAAUCCUCCAGGAGAUUGUUCUGCUCCAGGAGGCCGCAGAGAACUACCGCCUGCAGCCCCACGACCAGUUUCUCACCUGGUUCCAGGACCUGGAGCUGAUCUCCAUGGAGGAAAGCUUCGUCCUGUCCUUCCAGCGGGAGCCCCCGUUUGAGGCAUUCUUCUACCACCUCCGCCAGGAAGGAGCUUCACUGGAAGCCACUGUCCACCCUUACUUUAACAUAUCCUUCAGUUGUGCUUGUGUUUAAACAAUCUCAACUAUAUUGUAUUUGUUAAUAACAUUGAGUUAGUUUAGUAUUAAAACAAUUGACCGAAAGAAUGUGUCAUAGUGCAAUUUCCUAGUGAUA